AUGGGCGUCGUGUCCGUCUACGCGCCGCCGGCCCUCAACCGCCACCUCACCUUCCCCGCCUUCUCCUACGGCGUGACGGUCAUCAUCGUCACGGACGCCACGGUCGGCACCGCCCUGUGCGCACUCCACGUCACCGUCAUGGGGGCCACCCCCUCCGUCCUAGCACUGUGGCUGGCGCACCGCACGGGCGCCACCGAGUCGGUGCUGGUCACGUCGGUCGUGGUGGCGCUGAGCACGUCCGCGGUGGCGCUGCCAGAGUCGCCGGGCACCGUGGCGAAGCGGAUCUGGGGCAAAUCAUCAUCAUCUACGUGGCCAAGUUCAGGCGAGGGGACCACAUGA